AUGCAAGGAAAAUGGUUGCGUUCUUUUCACGAGGAACAUUAUUAUAAAAAACUUCCAAACGGUAAAUUUGUUAAGCGAACUUGGAUUUCAUAUUCCCCGUCGCAAGAUAAAGUUUUCUGCAUUGUUUGCAAACAAUUUGGUAAAGAAGAUGCAAUAAGCUAUCAACUAGCGCGGUUUGGUUCUGACGAUUGGAGCCAUAUAUCAUUCAAGCUUAAAUCAAAUAGUGUCCAUUUAGAGUCUGAAAUUCGAAGAGCCAUGUUUGUAAGUAAUCAAAGAGUGAUUAGUACAAUUUUUGAAUCCUCAAACAGAAAUGUUUCUGAAAAUAGGGAAAUUGUUAGAGUAAUUUUUGAAAGUCUUAUCUACCUUGCUCGUCAAAAUAUAACGUUUAGAGGCCGCAAUGAAUCUUGGACUCCAAAUAAACAAGGACAUUUUAUUGAAUUGAUUAAAUUCAUAUCAAAAUAUAAUCCAACACUUUCGUCUCACUUAUCAAAAAUUCAAAAUUCAAAAAAAAAAAAUCGAUUAACGUUUUUAUCCAACCUAAGCUAA